AUGCCUCAACCCCAGGAGGGUCAGCCGCGUGACAUGUGCUACAAUUGCGGCCGUUACGGCCACUUCGCCAGGGAAUGCAGGAGGGACAAGUCACAACACCCCUCGCCGUUCGUUAGGGCGCUUUUGUGUGAAGGUUACUCCCCAGAAUUCGUAGGCAAGCCCGCACUCGGCGUGAUUCGAAACAAUUGCAAUUCAGCACGAUUGCAUGAGGGGUUCGUAGAUUCGGAGUUAGUCCAGCUUCUUCACACCGGCGCCAUAAUUAGGGUAACUGAGGGUGAGAGAAUUAGAAUCAACCCGCUCUCCGUAGCGGAGGGGAAAAAGCUGAGACUUAUUCUGGAUCUGUCGGAGCUUAAUAGGUGGAGGCUGACGUGGCUGGGGCAUGACAUCGACCUAGUAUCUUCGACUCUUAACGUCUCUUGCGAAAGAAGGAAGAGAGCCAGGGCGUUGGCUGAGAGACUGCUAGCGGCGAGGGGCCCAUCUCUCUUAGACAGAUUGAGAUGGCAAGGCACAGUGGCCUCAAUGCAUCUAGUGAUUCCUUCAGGUAAGAUGAGAAGGUGGAAAGCGGUGGUUUCCCAGGUGGCGCAGCGGGAGAAGGACGGCACGGCACUAUCUUUCCGAUGGUCCCUUUCCUCUCAAGAGAGAGCAGAAGUGCAAGGUUGGUUAGAUUUCGAUGUCGAUUUCAAAGGCGCGCCCUUAUCCAAUAUUUCGCAGCUUUCCAACGCGCUGAGAGCCUUUUCAGACGCAUCAGAACUUGGGGUAGGCGCCGUUUUACACUUAGACGUGGGCAUAAAGUUGACAUCUUCUGGGAAUUUACCACACAAUUUAGUAGGGACUUCUAGUACCGCUAGAGAACUUUACGCCAUCUUAUUUGGGCUGAGAUCGUUCCGCGAACACAUCAUUAGGGAGCAGCUAGUGUGGCACUGCGAUAACCAGGCAGCAGUUGCUAUUCUCAAAAAGGGUACCACAAGACCACAUUUACAAAACUUGGCCAAAGAGAUAUGGGAUUUUUGUGCGCAGUUUCAACUCACCAUCGAGUUUUCUUGGAUUGCCCGAGCAUUCAAUAAUGAAGCCGAUUCGGCCUCCCGGGUAAUCAACCUAGAUGAUUGGAGCAUUAGCGACGAAAUUUGUUCACAAUUGCAGAAAGACUGGGGAAGUUGCAACAUUGACUUGUUCGCUAGCCUAUCUAGCAGGAAAUGCCCGUCCUUUAUUUCCAGAGAGGCCUGCUCUGAAGCAGUGGCGACCGACGCUUUUUCGGCAGAAGCAGCUAUGUGGUGGAGAAGCAACUUUAUAUGGUGGGUUCCUCCUCCAAAUCUUAUAGCAAAAACUUUGUUUUGGGCUAGGCGGCAUGGUAGUAGUGGCAUUUUGGGAUUUCCAUUUUGGCCUUCUAAUUUAUUUUUCGCGUAUUUACGAGAAGGUGACUCUUGGAUCCCCGAGAUCAAGGCUGUGAAAAUAUUCCCGGCUGGAAGCCCAGUCCUGGUAGGAAACUCUCCCUCAUUCACUUUCGGUGGUAAAUCGCUCAAUUUUGACUUUGCCUUUGCGCUUAUCCGUUUCAACAAUCCCCUCGCGCUUUAA